UUUACAGGGAGACGGGCCAUAUGACUGAGGAUUGCAGGGAGCUGCGGUACGAAAUUGAGGGCCUCAACAGAAGGGGACUAUUAACCGAGUUCAUCCGCGGAGCGGAAGAGCAGAAGGAACAGCCCAAAAAUCCGCCACCCCCUCCACAACCCGAUUAUAACAAAGCCACCGGCUCGUAAGUAGUGCGGAAAGAAAUAGGGGUGGUAACGGUGGAAGGAGACCGCCCAAAGAAAAAGACCAAACGUGAGCGCGCGAUGGAAUGCGCAAUGUCCGAGGUGCAACAAAAAUGUAACCUAAGCUUUGACGACACUGAAUUCCCGCAAGGGAUUCCGUCAGAAGACCCACUCGCCAUCACUCCACUGGUGGCCGCCUGCAAAAUUCACCGCCUACUGACAGAUGGGGGUAGCGCGGCAUACAUCCUCUUUAAAAGCACUCUCGACCAAAUGGACAUCGACCUGCGCCUAAUCAGGCGCGCGGAAGGGAACCUGGUCGGAUUCUCAGGAACAAGGGUUCUAGUGAUCGGCGUGAUCACUCUUCCGGUGGUAAUUGGAGACCAAGAGCCGCGAGUUUCAAAACAAGUCGAGUUUACCAUUGUCGACUGCAAGUCUCCUCACAACGGCAUCUUUGGUCAACCUUUCCUCGCCAAGUUCAUGGCACUCUCAUCAACGUGCCACCAGAAACUCAAAUUCCCCACCAAGGCAGGAAUCAGAGAAGCUUGCGUGACACCAUGGGGAGUGCCGAAAGGUGAAGGAGAAGUCCGCCAGACAAACAUCGUCGACACAAGGGCAGAGGACCCGCGUCCAGAAUCCAUGGACUCUGAUUUCGAAGUGGCGCUCGACCCCACCAAACUAGAAAGGAAGGUCCGCGUCUCAACGCACGUCCACAAUGACGUGAUUGAACCGCUGAUAGCGCUCCUAAAAGAGUACAAGGAGUUGUUCGUUUGGUGCACUGAGGACAUGCUAGGAGUACCAAGGCAGGUAGCGCAACAUUGCCUUGCGGUUCCCGCUAACGCGGAACCAAGGCAAAAAGCACGACGAAACUUCACGGGUGACAAACUGAAAGCCAUAGAAGAAGAAGUCGCACGAUUACUCGCCGCCGGGCUGAUCCGCGAAGUGAAAUAUCCAAAGUGGUUGGCCAAUGUGGUAUUGGUGAAAAAAUCCUCCGGAGCUUGGUGGAUGUGCGUCGAUUAUACAACGAUCAACAAGGUGUGCCCAGGGGACCCUUACCUGCUACUGCGCAUCGACCAAUUGAUUGACGCCACUUCCGACCACAAGACCCUGUCUUUCCUAGACAUGUUCUCAGGAUAUCAUCAAAUCCCAAUGUCCCGCGAAGACGAAGAAAAAACGGCUUUCAUGACGCCAUUCGGAAACUUCUGCUUCGUCGGAAAGCCAGGAUUGAAGAACGCGGGCGCCACUUACCAAAGAAUGAUCGACGCGGUGUUCUCACAACAGAUAGGACGGAAUAUUGAGGCAUACGUGGAUGACCUCAUCGUCAAAACCAAGAAGGGCAACUCCCAUUUAGAAGACUUGCGCGAGACUUUUGAAGCGCUCUGCAAACACAGCCUCCGCUUAAACCCCUUGAAGUGUGUAUUUGGAGCGGAAGCGGGAAAAUUUUUGGGCUUUAUGAUCACCAAGCGGGGCAUCAAAGUCGACCCGAAGCAGAUCACGGCCGUCCAAGAGUUGCGAGCGUCGAGGAGCGCGGUAGAGAUACAAUCCUUGAAUGGCAAGAUAGCGGCCCUGGGAAGAUUCAUACCAAGAUCAGCCGACAAGUGCGCCCCAUUCUUCAAAAUGCUCAAGAGCGGCACGCGAUUCACAUGUUCCAAGGAAUGUGAAGUUGCCUUCCAAGACCUCAAAUCAUAUCUUGUAUCCCCCCUGUACUGACCGCUCCCAAGCUUAAUGAAAUUUUUUUUCUGUA